CAUCGACAAGAAAACGCACAGACUACGUGUCUUCUGCAACACAGCGGGAACGCCAUUUCGCUAUGUGACGAUCCAAAGACACGCGUUGCCCGAUGAGCAAUAUUUGGGAACGAAUGGGGCUGGGGGAAUUGCAGUUAUGUUGAUCUUCUGUGUGUAUGAGUAUGUGUACUAAAGUGUAUGCAGACUGAAAUAACCCUACGGUUGUCAGGCAAGACGAUUUCAGGUACACACACAUGACAUGCGUACUAUAGACGCUAAAGAAGUGGCGCACUAUCGCUAGCUUUAGUGCUAGAUCCCGAUUGCGAUUGUGCUACAAACUAACUAAACUACCCAACAACAACUCUUCAUCUUCUUCUGCAUCCCACCACCACCACCACCACCACCACCUUUCAUAUCCCCAUCAACAACGCAAUCGCCAGACGGCACGUCAUCGCAG